UUUCACUCGUGGCCUUCAGUUCCGCACGUCUGAAGAAAAACCCUAGCCGCUUCCCACUUCGCACAGUGAAGAAGCUGCAACAACAACAAUGGCUUCAACAGCCGUAGUUCGUCCCCUUGUCACCAUCCAAACCCUCGAAGGCGACAUGGCCACCGAUUCUCCCCAAACCCUACCUUUACCAGACGUUAUGAAGGCCUCCAUUCGACCAGACAUCCUCAACUUCGUUCACUCCAACAUUUCCAAAAACAGCCGCCAACCAUACGCCGUCAGCAAGCGCGCCGGCCACCAGACCUCCGCCGAAUCCUGGGGUACCGGACGAGCUGUUUCUCGUAUCCCCCGCGUUCCCGGCGGUGGAACUCACCGCGCCGGUCAGGGAGCUUUCGGGAACAUGUGCAGGGGCGGCCGGAUGUUCGCUCCGACGAAGAUCUGGCGCCGAUGGCACAGGAAAAUCAACGUCAAUCAGAAACGAUAUGCCGUUGUUUCAGCCAUUGCUGCAUCUGCUAUUCCUUCUCUGGUCUUGGCUCGCGGGCAUAGGAUCGAGUCGGUUCCUGAGCUUCCUCUGGUCGUCAGUGAUUCCGCUGAGGGGGUCGAGAAGACCUCGGCGGCGAUCAAGGUUCUGAAACAGGUCGGAGCUUUUCCCGAUGCAGAGAAGGCCAAGGACAGCCAUUCGAUCCGGCCCGGUAAGGGUAAGAUGAGGAACCGAAGGUACAUCAAUCGGAAAGGCCCUCUUAUCGUGUACGGAACCGAGGGAGCUAAGCUCGUUAAAGCUUUCAGGAACAUUCCGGGGAUUGACAUUGUUAAUGUGGAGAGGCUCAACUUGUUGAAGCUCGCUCCUGGUGGACACCUUGGGAGGUUCGUGAUUUGGACCAAAUCGGCUUUCGAGAAGCUGGAUUCCAUUUACGGGUCGUUUGAGAAGCCGUCGGAGAAGAAGAAGGGUUAUGUUCUGCCAAGAGCUAAGAUGGUGAAUGCUGAUUUGGCUAGGAUUAUUAACUCCGAUGAGGUUCAGUCUGUUGUGAGGCCGAUCAAGAAGGAUGUGAAGAGGUCAAUUUUGAAGAAGAACCCGUUGAAGAAUCUCAACACCAUGUUGAGGUUGAACCCUUAUGCCAAGACUGCUAGGAGGAUGGCUCUUUUGGCUGAGGCCCAGCGAGUCAAGUCCAAGAAGGAGAAAUUGGACAGGAAGAGAAAACCCAUUACUAAGGAGGAGGCUGCUGCUAUCAAGUCCGCAGGAAAGGCAUGGUACCAAACUAUGAUCUCAGACAGUGACUACACCGAGUUUGAAAAUUUCUCGAAGUGGCUUGGUGUCUCCCAGUGAUCCAAAUUUCUGUUUUUUUGAAAGUUAGACUUUUAGGUGCUCUUUUUUUUUUUGUUUUUUUUGGUUGGCAGAAAAUCUCUUGAGACGUCUUAAUGGAAGUUCUUAAGUUAUUCUGUAUUACCUUGUUUUCGGGAUUCAAUAGUUAUUUAAGGAUAUUUUUUGUUUCUUUUAAUCUUAAAUGGAGAAGUGAUGUAUUUUUGUUCUA